AUUUCAAGGGACGCGUUGUUAUCGGAAAAACCCGAAUUGAGUAAUUUUGUUCGUCUAAUAUUUUCUUUAUAGUAAGGAAAUUCAGGAAUUCCGAAUAUUUGCAAAGCUAUUGAUUCUUGAUUAAAAGGGAUAAGCAUGGCACGAGAUAUUUCUCCUCCCGGAGAAACAGAAAAAAGCAAAGAUACUAAGGAAAGCAGCAAAGAUGUUGCAAAGGUUGCUAACAACAAAGUGAGUUCGUCGUCGACUAACCGUGGAAGAGAACGUGAUAGAAGGAGGCGGGGAAGUGCAUCUUCCAGCAGUGAUUCAAGUGACAGUUCAUCGGACAGCAGCUCAUCUCGCAGCAGUUCCGGUUCAGGAUCGCGCUCAAGCUCCUCAAGUUCUAGCGGCUCUUCGUCUUCUUCGUCAUCUUCUUCUUCCCGUAAAAGUGGUUCCCGCUCUCAUUCUCGCAGUCCACCACCCAAAAGACGUGAGCGUUCCCGUAGUCCGCUACCAAAGCGUCGUGAACGCUCUAGAAGUCCACCUACUAAACCUGUGAGAGAGCGCACGCGAUCAAGAUCACGCAGUCCCCCUCCAAAGACUAGAGAGCGGACCAGGUCUCGCUCGCCGCCACCAAAACGUCGUGAAAGAUCGCGUAGCCCGGUGGCUAAACCUCGAGACCGUACACGUACUCGUUCUCGUAGUCCUGCUCCUAAAGUUAGAGAACGUUCACAAACACCCAAACCCACACGCAUUCAUAUUGGACGUUUAACUCGAAAUGUUACUAAGGACCAUGUAGUCGAGAUAUUCAGCUGCUUUGGGGAAGUGAAAAAUGUAGAAUUUCCAACCGACCGUUAUCAUCCAAACUUUGGUCGUGGUAUUGCCUAUGUGGAGUACGCUACACACGAGGAAUGUGAAGCUGCCAUAAAGCAAAUGGAUGGUGGUCAAAUCGAUGGGCAAGAAAUUAAUGUAUCAGCUGUACUAACCCCGAAAGCUCGAAUUCCACAAAGACGUCCUUCGCCUGUGAAUAGACGAGGAAACGAGCGCUGGCGGGCAUCUCCCCGUUUCAACAGAUUUAACAGAAACAACAGGCGCUCACCUCCGCGUGGAGGACGUCGUUCACCACUUCGCAGACGUUCUCGAACUCCUAUUCGACGACGUAGACGCAGCAGUUCAGAUAGUUCCCGCUAAUAAUUUACCAAGACAGGCAAUUUGUAAAAAUAAAUAAAUUGUCAAGUUAUAAAUUACGAAUCCAUAAAAACAUAUAUAAUGUAUGUAUCAAAUAUACAUCGUAAAUUUUAA